AUGUCACAAACUCCCUCUGCAUCGGACACUCCCUCCGUGUCGGCGACUCCUUCUGUUUCUGGGACUUCAACCCCCAAUAAUGGCGGGACGGGCACCCCAUCAAAAAGCGCGGCGAAGAAGGAAGCCAAACGCUUGGAGAAGGAGGCUAAGCUUGCAGCCAAGGUGGCGAAGGUAGCGGCAGCUUCCCCCGCAGGCGAGAAGAAGGCAAAGGCAGAGAAGGAGAAGAAGCCAGAGGAAGCACCCUUUGUUAACACCACACCAAAAGGAGCGAAGAAGGAUCUCUCGCAGCCGAUGGCAAGUGGGUACAACCCGAUUGCCGUAGAAUCUGCUUGGUACGAGUGGUGGGACGCACAAAGAUUCUUCUCGCCCCAGUUGACCCCAGAAGGGCAGAUCAAGCCCGAAGGAUUGUUUGUGAUUCCUGCACCACCUCCGAAUGUCACCGGGAGCCUUCACAUAGGACAUGCCCUAACUGUUGCCAUCCAAGAUACUCUCAUACGAUGGAAUCGUAUGCUGGGCAAAACCACGCUGUUUGUACCAGGGUUCGAUCAUGCGGGUAUCUCAACCCAAUCCGUAGUUGAGAAGAGGUUGUACAAGUCCUCCGGCAGGACGCGGCAUGACCUUGGUCGCGAAAAGUUUCUGGAGACCGUUUGGGAGUGGAAAAAUGACUACCAGAAGAAGAUCGCCAAUCAAAUGCGCCGUCUUGGAGGAAGUUACGACUGGACGCGCGUUGCAUUCACUAUGGAUGAGCGCUUGUCAAAAGCUGUAAUCGAGACAUUCUGCCGCCUGCACGAAGAUGGGAUUCUCUACCGUGCAAACCGUUUGGUAAACUGGUGUGUGAAGUUGAACACCACGCUAUCGAACCUCGAGGUCGAGCAGAAGCAACUCACAGGAAGGACAUUGAUGAACGUUCCGGGCUACGAUCCGAAGGAGAAGUUCGAGUUUGGCGUCAUUACCUCUUUCGCCUACCCGAUCGAGGGUUCUGACGAGAAGAUCAUUAUUGCCACGACUCGUCCCGAGACCAUGUUAGGCGAUACUGCUAUCGCUGUCCACCCUGAUGAUGCUCGUUACAAGCAUCUGCAUGGCAAAUUUGUCAUCCACCCUUUCCUCGACAGACGCCUCCCCAUCAUCACGGACUCGAUUAUCGUCGACAUGGAGUUCGGGACCGGUGCUGUCAAGAUAACCCCGGCACAUGACCCGAACGAUUAUGAGGUCGGAGUGCGGCAUAACCUGUCAUUCAUCAACAUCCUGAAUGAUGAUGGCACUCUCAAUGCUAAUGCCGGCAAGAAGUUCAAGGGCAUGAAAAGGUUUCAUGCCCGCGUGGCUGUCGUCAGUGCACUGAAGGAGGCCGGUCUGUAUGUCGAAACGAAGGAUAACCCCAUGCAGAUCCCCAUCUGCAGCAAAUCGGGCGACGUCAUCGAACCUGUCCUCAAGCCGCAGUGGUGGGUCAGCUGCAAACCGCUCGCUGAGGAGGCGCUCAAACGUACUCGGGCAGGCGAAUUGUACAUCUCGCCGAAGGCAUCGGAGACGGAGUGGUACCGCUGGCUGGAAGGCAUUCAGGAUUGGUGUGUUUCUCGUCAGUUGUGGUGGGGUCAUCGGUGUCCCGCGUACUUUGUGCGGAUCGAGGGCCAGGAUCAGGAUAGUACCGACGGCAAGCAUUGGGUCGUCGGUCGCAAUCUUGCUGAGGCGACCGAGCGUGCGAAGAAAUUGGCCAAUGGCGCGAAGUUCACACUUGAGCAGGACGAGGACGUCCUUGACACCUGGUUCUCGUCUGGACUCUGGCCGUUCUCUAUCAUGGGCUGGCCAGAACAGACUCUCGAUCUAAAGAUGUUCUACCCGGCAUCGAUGCUCGAGACGGGCUGGGACAUCCUCUUCUUCUGGGUCGCGCGCAUGGUGCUUCUCGGUGUCCAUCUGACGGGCAAGAUGCCGUUCAAGGAGGUCCUGUGUCACGCCAUGAUUCGCGAUGCGCACGGACGCAAGAUGAGCAAGUCGCUUGGGAAUGUGAUCGACCCGAUCGACGUUAUUCAGGGACUGUCUCUCGAGGACCUGCAUCAGAAGCUGUAUGAGGGCAACCUGGACGACCGCGAGAUCGCGAAAGCGAAGGUCGGCCAGAAGAAGGAUUUCCCGAAAGGAAUUCCUCAGUGUGGUACCGACGCACUGCGUUUCGCCUUGUGUGCUUACUCCGGCGGAGGCAGGGAUAUCAACUUGGAGAUCCUGCGCGUCGAGGGUUAUCGCAAGUUCUGCAACAAAAUCUUCAACGCUACCAAGUUUGCUAUGCUCAAGCUUGACGAGGAGUUUGUCCCUGCGCCUGCUGCCAAGCCGACAGGCAAAGAGAGCCUCGUGGAGCACUGGAUCAUGCACAAGCUCAACAUCGCCGCGUGCGAGAUCAACCGACAGUUGCAGGAGCGCAACUUCAUGGCCGCUACGACUGCAGCUUACAAUUUCUGGUUGUACGAGUUGUGCGAUGUUUACAUUGAAGCCAUGAAGCCCAUGACCGACGGAUCGGCAUCGGCGGAGACAAAACGAUCGGCACAGCAGACAUUGUAUACCUGUUUGGACCAUGGUUUGCGCUUGCUCCAUCCGUUCAUGCCGUUUGUCACGGAAGAACUCUGGCAGCGUCUGCCACGCAGGCCGAAUGACUCCACGCCGUCGAUCAUGGUCGCAAAAUUCCCAACCUUUGACGAGGCGCUUGUGUUUCAAAAUGCUGAGAGAGAGUUUGACCUCGUAUUCGCCGCGAUCAAGACUGGACGCUCACUCGCAGCGUCAUACAACCUCCAAACCGACAUACAACUGUUCGUGCGCGCUCAGUCCGGCAACGAAGCCGCGCUCUUCGAGAGCCAGGUACCGACAAUGACCGCUCUGACGAAGAAUUGCAAAUUUGUCAAGGUUGUACGCGAACUGGAGGACGUGCCCGCUGGGUGCGGGUCUGCCGUCAUCUCGCCUACUGUCGUUAUGCACAUCCUCGUGCGGGGGCAGGUGGACAUCGACGUCGAGAUUAUGAAGUGCAACAAGAAGCUCGGUUUGGCGCGCAUGAACCUCGAGAAGGUGAGGAAGGUGGAGGCGCAGUCCGGCUAUGCGGAUACCGUGCCCGAGGAUGUGCGCCUUGUCAACGAGGAUAAACGGAAAACGGUUGAGGCUGACGUUGCGAAUUUGGAACUGUCAAUUGAGAUGUUCGAGAAGCUGAAGUAA